UUUAACACUCCUUUUCUUUGUUCCGCCCCGCUCUCUCUCUCUCUCUCUCUCUCUCUCCGCGUUGUUUUCUCCGAUACGUUUCUCGACGGUAUUCCGACAGAAACGAUCGCAAGGUUGCUGGAUUUCGGACGUGUCUCGAUCGGAGGAUAGAAGCGUCGCCGGAUUCCUCAGAAUAAUCCGGUUUUCGUCGGUUUUCCUAAUUUGAAAUUUGAAACGAAGGCCCUUCCUUGAUUUUCCAAAUUGAAGGAUUUUGCGAAGAAAAAGCACCAGAAACAAUCUAAUCGACUCCAGGAACAUUCGGGUUUCGUCGGAUUCACUCCAAAAGAAGGUCGGAUUCUGUCAAUUUAGCGAAUUUUUGGGGUCGAGGUGCUGGAUCUUGUUUAUUGGUUGAUAUUGUGGAUAUUAGCGGCCGGUGUUGGCCGCUUAGAUCGGAUUGAUUCGUAGGGAGUGAGGAGUAGGUUCAUCGAUUUACUGAAAUUCUCCAUCCUUCACGAUUAUGAGCGUGGGGAUCUUCAGAAGAUCGUGAAGGCCGGCCAAUAGCGAUGACGAAGGUCGUCUAUGAAGGAUGGAUGGUCCGGUAUGGAAGGCGGAAGAUUGGCCGUUCGUUUAUACAUAUGCGGUAUUUCGUUCUCGAAUCUCGGCUUCUCGCCUAUUACAAGAAGAAGCCCCAGGAUAAUGUGGUUCCUAUCAAGACCCUUGUUAUCGAUGGAAAUUGUAGGGUGGAGGAUCGAGGCUUGAAGACACACCACGGACAUAUGGUGUAUGUUUUAUCAGUUUACAACAAGAAAGAGAAGUACCAUCGAAUUACGAUGGCGGCAUUUAACAUCCAGGAGGCUCUAGUCUGGAAGGAAAAGAUUGAGUUCGUCAUUGAUCUGCAUCAGGGGUCACAGGCUGCUAAUGGCAACAAAGCUUAUGCUUCAUUUGAAUACAAGUCUGCCAUCAAUAAUGGAAGAACUGCUUCCUCAUCAGAUCGCGACAGUCAGUGUAGUGCACAGGAGGAUGAAGAAGAGAGCCAUCAUCGAACCUUACUACGGAGAACAACAAUAGGAAAUGGUCCUCCUGAGUCCAUUCUUGAUUGGACCUGCGAAAUUGAUUCGGGUUUAUCAAAUCAGAAUAACAGUGAUCAAGUUUUCUCUAGAAAGCAUUGGCGUUUAGUCCGAUGUCAGAAUGGACUUCGAAUUUUUGAAGAGCUUCUUGAAGUUGAUUACCUCCCAAGGAGCUGUAGUAGAGCAAUGAAGGCUGUGGGUGUGGUGGAGGCAUCCUGUGAAGCAAUAUUUGAGCUUGUAAUGGGCAUGGAUGGCACACGGUUUGAGUGGGAUUGCAGUUUUCAAUAUGGCAGCUUAGUUGAGGAGGUUGACGGACAUACAGCAAUACUUUAUCAUAGACUGCAGUUGGACUGGUUCUCAAUAUUCGUGUGGCCCCGUGACCUUUGCUAUGUGCGUUACUGGCGUCGCAAUGAUGAUGGAAGCUAUGUUGUGUUAUUUCGAUCCAGGGAGCAUGCAAAUUGUGGUCCACAGCCAGGAUUUGUGAGAGCUCACAUAGAGAGUGGAGGGUUCAACAUUUCUCCCCUAAAACCUCGAAAUGGUAGAGCUCGAACACAAGUACAGCAUCUAAUGCAAAUUGACCUCAAGGGGUGGGGUGUAGGUUAUUUUCCAUCGUUUCAGCAACAUUGUCUACUCCAUAUGUUGAACAGUGUAGCUGGGCUGCGUGAAUGGUUUUCUCAAACAGAUGAAAGCCAUGCCGCUCCCCGGAUCCCAGUGAUGGCCAAUAUGACCUCAGGUCCAGUUUCCUCCAAGAAGUACCAGAAAUCACAGGAGCCUUCUAUCCAGCCUAGCCCAUCACUUGACCAAAUAAAUGCUGCUAGUAGAAACUCCGUAUUGAUGGAUGAAUACUCUGAGGAGGAGGAUGAAUAUCAAAUUCCGGAGACUGAACAAGAGGCAUACACAGAUAGGCUUGAAAAUGAAACAAAGCAAAUGGUUUUGGACGAGGAACCAAUGGAUCAAAUUGAUUUGUCUUGUUUUUCUGGCAAUCUACGACGGGAUGACCGUGAUAAUAGUCGUGACUGUUGGAGAAUAUCCGAUGGGAACAACUUCAGAGUCCGUAGCAAAAAUUUUUCGUUUGACAAAUCCAAGAUUCCUGCAGGAAAGCAUUUGAUGGAGCUUGUUGCAGUUGACUGGUUUAAGGAUGUGAAACGAAUGGACCAUGUUGCAAGGCGCCAAGGCUGUGCCGUGCAAGUUGCCUCAGAGAAGGGGCUAUUCUCAUUAGCCAUAAAUCUGCAAGUGCCAGGAUCAACACAUUACAGUAUGGUCUUCUAUUUUGUAAUGAAACAACUAGUACCUGGAUCACUUUUGCAACGCUUUGUUGAUGGUGAUGACGAGUUCCGGAAUAGUAGGCUGAAACUGAUACCAUCCGUUCCUAAGGGGUCUUGGAUUGUGCGUCAGAGUGUUGGAAGCACACCUUGUUUACUGGGCAAAGCAGUUGAUUGUACCUAUAUCCGAGGAGCGAAAUACUUGGAAAUAGAUGUUGAUAUUGGUUCUUCUACUGUUGCCAAUGGGGUUCUGGGACUUGUCUGCGGUGUAAUUACUACAUUGGUUGUUGACAUGGCUUUUCUUGUACAGGCAAACACCUAUGAUGAGCUGCCUGAGCGGCUCAUUGGUGCUGUUCGGGCCUCGCAUGUUGAGUUGUCGUCUGCAAUAGUUCCGAAGCUGGAUGCCAGUCCAACUUAACUGAAAAUUGAUGGUGCUACGUAAUCAUAUCCGAAAUUCUUUUGCUUCUGCAUGGCGUUGUUCUCUACAAUUCUGUAGUAUAUAUUCAACGAUUUGUUCAGAUACAGUGGUUGCAGGCCAAUUGAAAUUCUUGUUCGUUUCUCUUGUACUUUGAAUGAAGAAUCUACUGAGAUUUUGAAAAGAAAAGGAGG